GAGCUGUCCGUCUCUCUCUUUCUUCCUCUCUUCCCAUUUGCAGGUGAUCAUCUUUCUCUUUUCUUCCAAGGAGAAGUAAUCUCAACCUUCAGGAUCCCAAUUAUCGGUUCUAGGAGAAGGAAGAGGCCCAGGCAAGAUGAAGGAGAUCGGCAGAGGAAAAAUUUCUCACUCCAAUUGAUUCGCCCGUGAUUUUGCUUCCUCUUGGCGUUUCCGCUCUUUCUGCAACGGAACUCCGCGGAACAGAAGGCGGCGCGAUUUUCUUCGUUCGCUCCACAUUGCCCGACUCGUGGGACCACCAUCAUUUAUGUUGGAGUUGCUUCGGCUGGACGAGCCGUUUGUGGGGCGAUCAGCCUAGGCCCAACAGGUUCGCCUCUCUGGCUUUUGUCAGCCCACCUGAUAAGGGAAGGUGAAUCCCAACUCAGGCAGCCAUCAGUUAGCUUAGCCGAUCAUGUCAAGGUCGACUUGCAAGUGAAAAGUUUCACGAUUUAAGGUACUGUCGCUGAACAAUUAAUCGUGAGCGAUUGCUUCUAGUUCGAGGAGUCAAUUUGGAAAGGAGAGCACUAACUUAGAGAAGCAGCAACGGCAUUUUGGUGUGAAGAAAUAAAGCCAUGGGAAUCAUCAGGACGAUGGAGAGCCUAAAGGCAGAGAUGGAAGAGAUCAAGACGAUGAUCACACAAACCAUCCAAAGGAAGCCAGGGGAAGACCUCGUAGCUUCCCAAGCCAUUGAGUCCAGGGAGAAGGUUGUGUGUGUAACAAGUGGUGUUUCCUAUUUAGGCUUGUCGGUUGCCGGCGAGCUUCUUCUCCGCGGCUACCAUGUUCGCCUCGGCGUCGAGAAUGAAGAGCACGUGGAGAAACUUGGUGAGAUGGAGGCGUUUGCCUCCGUGAGGCACAGAGUUCAGGUAGUGAUGGCAAAGGUGAUGGAGGUAGAGAGCUUGUGUGAGGCCUUCAAUGGCUGCCAUGGCGUUUUCCACACCUCUGCCUUUGAUGCAGGGGGCAUUUCGGGAUACACAAAGCAUCUAGCGGAAUUGGAAGCAAAGGCAGGUGAGAAUGUCAUUGAGGCUUGCUCCAGGACGUCUUCUGUGAGAAAAUGUGUUUUCACUUCAUCUUUGCUGGCCUGCAUAUGGAGGCCCACUGUUUCCAGCUUUAGCCCUGCCAUUGAUGAGAGUUGUUGGAGCCAAGAAAGCUUCUGCAGGGAGAAAAAGGAGAUGAAAUAUUCGAGGUUGAACUGCAUAGGAAUCUCUCUUGUGCAAGGGGAUGUCCAGUUUGCCAUUCGGUUGAAGCGCCGCUGCCCGUCUGCGCUUUGGCUUGCACUUGGCAAGACAAUAGCGGAGAAAAGUGCAUGGAUGAAAGCUAGAGAAAUGAAUGUUAAUUUGGUCACAAUUUGCCCAGCACUCAUUACGGGACCUGGAUUUUAUGACAGAAAUUCUACUGCAUCUAUUGCAUACCUCAAAGGUGCUCAUGAAAUGUUUGCAUCUGGAUUGUUGGCAACUGUAAACGUCGCCAAAGUCGCGAAGGCACAUGUUGCUGCUUACGAAGAAAUGAGCAGAGGCGCUGCCGGCCGUUAUAUAUGCUUCGACAAAGUGAUCAGAGCAACAGAAGAUGCUGUAGAGCUUCAGCAACAGAUGAAAAUAGCCGGAAGGAUGAUCCAGUUCACACAAGAUGCACUUCCCCUCUAUGAUUUGAGAAACACUAAGCUCCGAAAAUUAAUGUCUGUAUAUCGACAAUGUACACAUACCACAUAUUUGUAGCCAUGAUAGUUGCUGAUCUUAGGAGUAUCAUAUGCAUGAUGUAAUGGCUUUCAAAUGAGCCACUGUCA